AUGCUCGACCUUCAAGACUUCAUCAAGGAGCGCGGCGGCGACCCGGACAAGAUCCGCGAGUCCCAGCGCCGUCGUCAUGCGCCCGUCGAGAUUGUCGACGAGGUAAUCGCUCUGUGGGAUGACCACCGCAAGACCCAGUACGCGGCGACGCAGUUCGGCAGCGAAAUCAACGCCGUGCAAAAGGAGAUCGGCAUGAAGAAGAAGAACAAGGAGAAUGCCGACGACUUGCUGAAGAAGAAGGAGGACCUGCAGAAGCAGAAGAAGGACAAGGAGGAUGAAGCGGCUGCGAAGCUCGUUGCGCUCAACGCAAAGGCCAAGAGCAUUGGUAAUUACGUCCACGAUUCCGUCCCUGUCAGCGAUAACGAGGACAACAACGUCACGGAGCGCAAGUGGGAGCCCGAGGCUGGUCUUGGGGCCAAGACAGAGCAGACGCUUUCCCACCAUCAGGUGGUCACCCGCCUGGCGGGCUACGACUCUGAGCGUGCAAUCAAGCUUGUCGGUCACAGAGGUUACUGCCUGACCGGAUACGGACUGUUUCUCAACCAGGCGCUCAUCAACUAUGGUCUCGAGUUCCUCUUCAACAAGGGCUACACGCCCAACCAGCCCCCCUUCUUCAUGAACCGCAACCAGAUGGCCAAGACUGCCCAGCUUGAGCAGUUUGACGAGGAGCUGUACAAGGUGACAGGUGACGGCGAGGAGAAGUAUCUCAUUGCCACUUCCGAGCAGCCCCUGUCCGCCCUGCACAGUGAGGAGUGGCUUCAGGCUAGUCAGCUACCCAUCAAGUACGCCGGUUAUAGCACAUGCUUCCGCAAGGAGGCUGGCAAGCACGGCAAGGAGGCCUGGGGUCUAUUCCGUGUGCACCAGUUCGAGAAGAUCGAGCAAUUCGUCUUCUGCAAAGCCGAGGAGAGCUGGAAGCACUUUGACGAGAUGAUUGCUGCCUCCGAAGAGUUCUACAAGAGCCUGGGUUUGCCCUACCGGGUCGUCUCCAUUGUCUCUGGAGCUCUGAACAACGCCGCCGCCAAGAAGUACGACUUGGAGGCGUGGUUCCCCUUUCAGCAGGAGUACAAGGAGCUGGUCUCUUGCUCCAACUGCACGGACUACCAGACCCGCGAGCUCGAAGUUCGCUACGGUGUGAAGAAGGCCAAGGAAGCCCCUGGUGCUGGACGCAAGGACUACGUACACGCCCUCAACGCCACCCUCUGCGCCACUGAGCGUACCCUCUGCUGCAUUAUGGAAAACUACCAGACCCCCGACGGCCUCAAGGUCCCCGAGGUGCUGCGCAAGUACAUCCCCGGCCAGCCCGAGUUCCUGCCCUAUGUCGCCGAGCUGCCCAAGGAGAUCACCGUUGUCGCCGGUCAGAAGAAGAAAUAG